AUGGCGCACGCGCUGCAAAGGAAGACCGCAACAUGUCAGUGGCCAGCCGUUCAGCGCGUCUUUGAACGUAGCGCCGUUGGGUCGCGGCUCGGGCGGUCCUCUUCUCUUCCGCCAUACGCGCAUACCGAGCCAGAGACAGACGCGACCAAAGAAGUUCUCCACGAUGACGCGGUCCGAAGCCACAGCAGCGUUGCGGUCAAGGUCGGCGCGGUCAAGGGUUCCCCCGCACAGGCCGCUUCUUUGGGUGGAUGGCACGAAUCGUGUGCGACAGACCCACAUACACCAAGUCCACGAGAACAGCCCACAUGA